CGCAGCAGCAGUCUGCUCAUGGCAAGGGGUCUACCCGGUUGCUGAUUGUCAGUCUCACCACACCCCCCGCCCAGUUAGGUUUCAGCUUCAGCCCGGCCAGGCUUGACUCGCGGCCGCCAUCCCCCCCGGCAGGCACUUUCCAAGGCUGACAGAAGAUUUCAGUGAAGGAAGUGCACCCGAAGACUCAAGAUGGCUAACUGCACCGUUCUCCCGACCGAAGUCCUUGCCGCCAACGAAUCCGGAAUCAACCUCUUUGGCCGUUGGGACUCGGCCGAUGUCGAAGUCAAGGACAUCUGUUUGACCGAUUACAUCCAGAUCCGUAAUCCUGUCUACGUUCCUCACACCGCUGGUCGAUAUGCCACCAAACAAUUCCGAAAGGCUCAGAUGCCAAUCGUCGAACGACUUGUCAACAGCUUGAUGAUGAAGGGACGAAACAACGGAAAGAAGCAGAUGGCCGUCCGGAUCGUUGCCCACGCCUUUGAGAUCAUCCACCUGCUCACCGACCAAAACCCCAUCCAAAUCUUGGUCGAUGCGAUCGUUAACACCGGUCCCCGAGAAGACUCCACCCGGAUCGGUUCCCAAGGAACUGUCCGUCGACAGGCCGUCGAUGUCUCGCCCUUACGACGAGUCAACCAAGCCAUCGCCCUCUUGACCAUCGGCGUUCGUGAAUCCGCCUUCCGUAACGUCAAGUCCAUCUCCGAAUGUCUUGCCGACGAGUUGAUCAACGCCGCCAAGGGCUCGUCCAACUCUUACGCCAUCAAGAAAAAAGACGAGUUGGAACGUGUUGCCAAAUCUAACCGAUGAAUAAUUAUUGAAGGAGGCCUUGUCGUAAUUCAUCACAUCACGUGUCGCUCAUCGCAGCAAUCAAUCCCCCAGAGAAGUGGCUUUCAUGCCCUCCUCUUGACGCCCGCUCCUCAGUACCAUCAAUAUUUGUUGGGACUCAGACAUGCUUUUUUUUAAAAAAAAUCAAAUGAUCCAUGUGUUGUUGAUAUGAUUGAGACCGAGAACAUGAGUAUUGGAGCAAUUGAAUGAUUCAUUCGCUCUGUCGAUGAAAACUUAACACAGUU